UUUCUCUGCUUUAAUUUCUCUCUGCUGGCGGUGAUCCAGCUUCUCUGAGCAGAACGCACCUGCACAGGUGUUCAUCUGUUACCUGCAUUCUUCUGUUUCACUUUGUUUUGAUAAUUAAUGAAUCAUUUCAGUUAAAAUGUCAAACAUCCACGUGAAGAUUCUCUGUUUUAUUUCAGAAUCCGCUGAAUAUCUUUGGGUCUGUGUCUCCUCAGUUGUGGGAAAUUGUGAUUUUUACGUUCUGGUAUUCGAUGUCUGAGUUGCUGCUAAAGCUGAAACAGUUUGUUGGUUCAUCCAUAAAUUAAAACUGACAGCUAAUCUGAUAAUAAUCAACAUUUACGGCGUGAGAAUUUGCUCUGUUCUUUGUUUAGUGUGAUCGUGAAGUGUUGAUUUAACAGAAUAUUUAACUUUUAUUUCUUUGUAAUUAAUUUUUAAUCAGAAUGAACUAACACAUGAGAAAAGUUAAAAAAAGGAGAAAUUCAUAAGUAAGAGACAUAAAAGGAAAAAUAAAAAUGGCCAGAAGACAACACUUCAAAGGCUGGCUUCUGAAGUGCAUGUUGGUGUUGGUGCCGCUUGUUGUCUUUAUCACACUUGUCCUGCAGAAAUUCAGCAACCCAUUCAAAGAGGAUUGGCGUCGUUCUGCGGACUUUGACAUGUCCAGUCUGAUUUCCAAGGCGCCCUCCAUACUCUCAGAUGGAUCAGCUGCUAUGAAGAUAGACUGUGCAGAGGAUCACUUCAGCUUCUUCAUGCACAGUGGAGCCGCUAACGUCGUGCCUCCAAAGAUCUACAUCCAGAACAACCUGGUUCUUGGAGCAGCGCUGAACAACGCUGGAUAUGGAAUAAACAUUGUUGUGAUGAACGGUAGAACAGGUGAAGUCAUAAAGACGGGUCACUUCGACAUGUACAGCGGAGAUGUGAAUCCUCUCAUCGACCUCCUGCAGAGCAUUGAGAUCGGCUCUGUGGUGCUGGUGGCGUCCUACGACGAACCGUCAUCAAAGUUAAACAAAGAUGCGAGGAAGCUGAUUGCUGGACUGGGGAGCUCUGCUGUCCAAUCACUGGGCUUCAGAGAUAACUGGGUGUUUGUUGGUGGGAAAGGAGCAGCGGUGAAGAGCAACUUUGAGAAGUACCUGAAGAGCGACGGCGCGACAAAUAUGUAUGAAAACUGGCCCGAGCUCAUCGAGCUACAAGGAUGCAUCCCCAAGUACCUGGAGUGACGUGCUGCUUUAUCCAGAGCGACGUUUCAUCUUUUAAAAGCAACAACAGGAAGAUGAAGCAGGGGAAAGGCCACGUAGGACGGAGCAGAUAUUUGUCGAAGCCUGGUGUGUAAAAUGAUCUCUGUUUGAGCUGCUGGAUGAGCCAGUUACUGCAUCAUUACCAGCACGUCCAGAGAAAUCCAGCUGUUCUCUUCCAGGUGAAGCUCUGAUGGAAGCCUGAACGCUGAUUCACAGACUUACAGUCACCGUCUGUUUCUGUGACAAACAGAGGAAAAAGAUAGAUGAUCGCUGCCCCACAAUACCUUCAUUUUUCAGGACUGUGUUUGAUCAUCUGCCUUCUUUACAGAAGAACUCAGAGACUUUAGGAUGUCAGAAAUCAAACGUCCUACAGAUGUCAUAAAAGAAGAUGAUAAAGCUUUAAUUAUUAACACUGCCACGUCCAGGUGUUCCCUCUGAAGGCAGGUGUUCUCCAAAGACUCCCCCUCUCCACCUCCCACUCAAACCUCCCAGAGACCAAAACUAAAGGUGCAUUCAGUCGCUCUUUGUCUACUUGAAAAGUCAGAAAUGUCCCAUUAAUGAAUCAAAGCUCUGCAAAGCAAAAAAAAAAUCCUUUAAUAUUGAUUAUCUGAUCAGUAUUGGAUGCAGUACUUCUUUUUACGCCUCUGUUCACCUCUGUGAACUCAGCAGAGAAACUGUGUUUCACAGAGGAAACAGCUGGCAGAUCUUUUCCACAUAUUCUGUCAUACAGGGGGAGGUAAUAUAAACAGUUAGAAUAAUAAUUUAUGGUGAUGGAAUCGAUUGAUCUUUCUCUACAAUCUGUUCACGCAAUGCAGGAGCUCAUUUAUAGGUGGAAGACAGAUUCUACUGAAGAAACAAUGAUAAAAUGUUUACAGGCUGAACCUCCAGCAGAGACAGACUGUGACCGUGACGAAUGUUCAGAGUAUGGAGAGAAAAACGUCUUCUCUCAAACGACAGUGAAUUAGCUCUUGUGAUCCUGGGAAAUGAUACUGGGAUGGUGUUUGUUACGUUUGUUCUGCUGCACUUAUUCUAUAUAUUAUAUCUUUAUUUUUGUGUUCCUUUAAAAAUAAAAUAGUUUAAAAAAGCACA